AUGUUGCAAAAUGACACAUGCCACCUAUUCUUGUCGGUACUUCAAAACACCGCGGGGGAAACGUAUGUAUGUUAUAUAUAUAUACACAAAACUGGGGAAAAUUCGCCGUUUACCCACCUCCCCGCUGUCACAGAUGCCCACGCUGGCCAGUAUCGCCAGGCUGAAGCUGACGAGGGUCUCCGCAAACCCGAGCACCAGACACACGCCGUGCAGAGCCUUGGAGGCGACGUAGUCUCUCACACUGGAAAACACGAGGACGCAAAUCAGAGCAGAUUCCGAGCAGAGGUCCCCGUCGGUGAUGAGGCCGGACAGAGACAGAAUCCACUGCGGGAAGGAAACCGUCAUCCCGGCAACACUCACGCCCAGCAGGACGUAGAACUGGGAAACAAAUGCACCUUUUUACAAGCUGAACAGGUUGAAGCAUUUUACAUGUCCAUGCUGGAUGACACUGAAGUCACUUAAGACCACCAACCCCAGCCUUAUGCAUUUCCAAAAUCCGGGAAACUCUCAGCAAACUCGCUUUUGGGCUGAACUGUCAGACCAGCUUACACAGAGAGAGUCGAUGACAGCGUUGUUAAAGCAAUAUCCGAUGUUUACAAACACAGUACCCCGGCCGGUCACCUCAGACCCCGGCCAGUCACCUCAGACGGCCUUCUCACCUAGCCCGGGGGAGGCCGAUCGUCUUACCAACAUAGCGAGAUGACACAUUGCGAUGGGACAAAAAUAACUCCGGUCAAAAGUGCAAAAGAA